GUGGGUUGAGCUGCAGCGCAGCUCGCAUGGGGGAGUCUAUCCCGCUGGCCGCCCCGGUCCCCGUGGAACAGGCRGUGCUGGAGACGUUCUUCUCUCACCUGGGUAUCUUCUCUUACGACAAGGCCAAGGACAAUGUGGAGAAGGAACGGGAGGCCAACAAGAGCGCGGGGGGCAGCUGGCUGUCGCUGUUGGCGGCCUUGGCGCACCUGGCCGCGGCCGAGAAGGUCUAUCACAGCCUCACCUACCUGGGGCAGAAACUAGGGGGCCAGUCUUUCUUCAGUCGGAAGGAUUCCAUCCGCACCAUCUAUACUUCCCUGCAUAAUGAGCUGAAGAAGGUGGUGACUGGCCGUGGGGCCCUAGGUGGGACUGCACCUCAUGUGGAAGAACUCCUGUCCCAUCUGUCAGAGCAGCUCUGCUUCUUCGUUCAGGCUCGGAUGGAGAUUGCAGACUUCUAUGAGAAGAUGUACACACUUAGCACACAGAAAUUCAUCAACGCUGAAGAGCUUGUUGGCCUUUUGGACACCAUCCUCAAGAAAUACAGCUCCAGGUUUCAUCACCCAAUCCUCAGCCCUUUGGAGAGCAGUUUCCAGCUGGAAGUCGAUGUUCUGAGUCAUCUCCUGAAGGCCCAGGCCCAGGUCUCAGAGUGGAAGUUCCUCCCAUCUCUGGUUAACUUGCACAGUGCUCACACUAAGCUUCAGACUUGGGGCCAGAUCUUUGAAAAGCAGCGGGAGACGAAGAAACAUCUGUUUGGAGGGCAGUCUCAGAAGGCUGUUCAGCCCCCACACCUUUUCCUUUGGYUGAUGAAACUCAAAAACAUGCUCCUGGCCAAGUUUAGUUUUUACUUUCAUGAGGCACUGAGCCGGCAAACGACAGCUUCAGAAAUGAAAGCAUUGACUGCAAAAGCUAACCCAGACCUGUUUGGAAAGAUUUGCAGCUUCAUCAGGAAAUAUGAUGCUGCCAACGUGUCCUUAAUUUUUGACAACCGAGGUUCAGAGAGCUUUCAGGGUCAUGGCUACCACCACCCCCAUUCCUACAGGGAGGCCCCUAAGGGUGUGGACCAGUAUCCAGCCGUGGUGUCUCUGCCCAGUGACAGGCCAGUCAUGCACUGGCCCAAUGUCAUCAUGAUCAUGACAGACCGGACAACAGACCUGAACAGCUUGGAGAAAGUGGUUCAUUUCUAUGAUGACAAAGUUCAGAGUACCUACUUCCUUACCCGCCCAGAACCUCACUUUACUAUUGUUGUCAUUUUUGAGUCAAAAAAAUCUGAACGAGACUCCCACUUUAUUUCCUUCCUCAAUGAGCUCUCACUUGCCCUUAAGAACCCCAAAGUUUUUGCAAGUCUGAAACCUGGAUCYAAAGGUUAGCCAGUGAUUUGUGUAAGAGAUUUUUAAGACUGGAAUUUGUGUUCUUAAUUGCUCUGAUGAUCUGCAGUGGUAUGUGGCAAGAAUUUAYGUCCAUUCAUGCUUCUUUCAGAGCAGUAUUAAAGACAAAUCCUCCCUAAUUGUGUUGUACACUUUGUAAGCAAUUAAGGCCAGUUGAAUUAAGUAUCCAAAGAGUAAUCUGGGAAGUGAUCAUGGACUGCUGUGUAUCUCCACUGUUCAGCAAAGUAGUUCCAGUAUUUUCUCCUGUAUUUUUCCUCUAUUUUAUGUGGACUGGACAUUUUCUGUCAUUGCAAUUAAAGGUGAAUCGGAUUUGUAGCAUAAUGUCAGCUUUUAACAGUUCAGAUGAUCCUCCUUGCAACUCUAAUGGCCAUUGGUUCUUUUGGAGUGAUCUAUAUGUCAAACUGCAUUUGUUUUGCCUUUUUAAAGUUUGAAGUUUUUAUUGUUUUAAAGUCAGCGUAAACCAUYGUGAGGUUUCUUCUUCGUACUAUCUCUUUGACUAUUAUCACUUUUUUGCUGAAAUCUAUGUUCAUCUUUGGCUCUACUCCCUGGUUAUUUUUAGGCUCAGAAAGUAUCAGUGUUGGUUUUUCAACCACUUUAGCUUCUCAUACAAUGUGCCCUGCUUUUAUAAAAUCAAAAUGAAGGUCUUGAUGCCUUGCAUUUGCUAAAAAUCAAUUGUGCUUUCAGAAGACCUCUUCAUAGUUGAGUAAUUAACUGAGUACUUAGCACAUCUGAACUUGGGUUUCAUGUCUGCCUCCUGCAAAUUAUGUUUAGUAGCAGUGCUACAUCUUAACACUGUCUGCCUCAUCAUUUUCCUUCAGUAGGUGUUCAUGGAGAAGUCAGUGGAAUAGUAAAGGCAUAAUGGACUCUGAAAUCCUUCAUUUCCGUUACUGUUUCAGAGUAAAAAGGAACCAGAAAGAAUAACCAAGUUGUUACUACUUGGUAGUUCUUUCAAAGUUUGUGUAAAAUGUUACAGCCAGCUGAGUGCUGUUUCUCAUGAUUAUGCAGACCCACUGUUGCACUGUGUGUCCACAGAGGACACACCAGUAACAUCAGCAGAGCCGGGGAGCCUCCAAGUCAGUGGGAGGACUGCCCACCUAGUCUGGAUUUCCUGGUAGAAGAACMCACCCGCCUACUUUCUGGAGAGAACAUGUGUUUUUCUUUAUUUCUCUCUCAUCAUAUGAUUUGUAAAAAGCCAGUUUGCUUUAAAUAGAAUGUAGUGAUUUAUCUCUGCAUUUUAUUCACUCAGGUUCUAUAAAAAUAUGAACAGAUUUUACAACAUUGACCUUACUUAAAAAAUURAAAACAGUUGGAACUAAAGAGUCAAAUCAUUUUUCUUCUUUUUUUGUACUUUGCCAAGUAACUGAAAAAUAUUCCUUGGUGUUUGUGUAUUUUUUUCCCCUGGGUAAAACCACCAUGAGCCUUAAUGAUAGGGCUCCCCCAUGUACCUAAAAUAAUAUGUGCUUCAGUGGAACACAAAGGGGUGUAAAUAAAACAUAURUGACACUUAAGCUGUCAAAUGCAUACAUAUUUGAAUUGUAUGUUUAUUUUUUAAACAAAAAAGAAUUUACAAGGAACAGAAGGCAGAUGUAAAUAUUAAAAUCUAAGACAAUUCAUGAA